AUGGUGGACCAGCCAGGUGCUGCGGCCCCGGGGGGCCCCUGGACGCCCGCCCCGCCCCUGGACGCGCUGCUGAGGACGCCGCUCCCACUGCCGCGGCUUCGCACCCGGCCCUGGUGGUUUCCUGUGCAGGAGCUGAGAGACCCCUUGGUGUUUUACCUGGAGGCCUGGCUGGCUGACUUGGUCUUUGGCCCAGACAGAGGCGUAAUUCCAGAACUAGAGUGGAUGAACCAGGUCCUGCUGAGGGUGGACACAGUCAGCACCGAGAACGUCGUCGAAGUCACUAUCUUCGGACAGCCCCGUGUACAAAACAGGGUAAAAAACGUGCUCCUGAGCCUGGCAUCAAGGCACCGGGAACAUCGUGCCCGAGAGGAGAAGAUGAAACAACUUGAGGAGUUCUUGAAGGCCCGUGCAUCAGGUCCCCAGACUCCCCAGCCUCCUGUUGCGUAA